CUACUCCAUUACUAGUACUAUAUAGUCUCCUUAAGGGACCUUAAUUAUCAACUAUAAAAGAACAAAUGAACCCACCAAUUUCUUAACUCAAACACAAUCAAUUCAUAUUACUUUUUUCUCUCCCAAACCCUAAAACUUAGCCUUCAUUAAUCAUGGAUUUUUUCCAUGCUCAAAAUCAACAAAAACACACACCAAAACAUACUAACAAAAAGAGGCUAACUCAAGACCAAGUAAGGCUUCUUGAGAGAACUUUCACCAACAAUAAGAAGCUUGACCCUGAGCUAAAGCAUCAAUUAUCAAACCAACUAGCGGUUCCACCAAGACAAAUUGCCAUUUGGUACCAAAACAAGAGAGCUAGAUGGAAGACACAAAGCUUAGAGCUUGACUACAACACAUUGCAAGUGAAGCUAGACAAUGCAUUGAAUGACAAAAGGAGAUUAGAGAGAGAACUUAUGCAAAUUAAAGAAGAGUUAAAGAAAUCUCAAGAAAUGGUUUUUGCUCUCAAUCAAGGAUUACUAUUUCCAAAUCCUCGCUACGUUAAUCAUCAUCCUCAUCAUCCUCUUCGUCAGCAUCGUUCGAUUAUUAAUAAUGUUUCGUGUAACUCUUCGUGCGAUGAAGGUGGUAGCUCUAGCUUGCAUAAUGAAGAGGUGAAUGGUGAAGUCUUGCAACUUGAUGAGCUUUACGCUUGUUUUAUCGGUUCUGGCGGCGGCGGUGGCGGCGGUGGUAAUGGUGAUGGAUCAACUUGGGGUUAGUUAUAAGACCCGUAUUCCGAUUUCAAGUUGUUUAGGCGUAUAGAUGAAAGAUUUGAGUAAAUGAAAAAGUCUCUCUUUCUAAAAUGUAUGAAAGUUGACAAUAUCUUAUCUUAAUUUCACUAAUUGUACAAUUUGAUAUGUAUUCUUUGGUGUUUUCAAUAAUAAAUUAAGAAAAUUAUAUA